GUGCAAAAUACGCGGCGAGCGCAGUAAACCGGCGGAGAGUUCAUCAGCGCUAUUAUUCAUUAUUAUUUGUAGUGUUUUGUAUGUAAUCUACCGGAAGAAGCAGACAAAAUAGAAAAAAAAAUGCAGCAGAUAUUUGCUGACGAGGCAGCGAGUCAGUCUCCAAAGCCCCUCAUAAGCUUUCCACUGCCGAGUGACGUGCAUCUCCUUUCUAGUGAGGGUCUUGCGUCGACCAGAAAGCGCCACCGCAGUCUUUCACAGGAAGAGGAAUCUACGGACGCCACCGCCCCGUCUCCUCUGACGCAAGAAGAUUGCAAAGCCCUCAGGCGGUUCAUCGAGUAUGGCGAUCAGCCCAUGACCGCUGUAGAAUUUUUUCAGAGGACCACAGGGCACCGGUCCACGCCAGCGCAAGUUUUCACGAGCGGUACGGCGGUGUCGCGCUUGUCGGUGCCCCUUCCCUAUCAGUGGUGCUCUGCGGCCCUGCAGCAGACGCUGUCCCUCUUGUGCCGCGUCAUUCGCCUUGACACGGCUUCGUUUUACCUGCAGCCCGCUUCGACGGCAGAAGCCCUCUCCGGUGCACCAUUCGCUGCCUCUCUCGAAGGAGCAGCGGCGCCAACGGUGCGCGUCACGACAUUGGAGUUGUACUGCCGAUUCCAGGCGCUGGAGUUAGAGUUCGAGGACGUCGUGCUGCGUGCGCAGUCCGUCACACAGGCAGACGGUGUGCCAGAGGCCCUCACGCAGCGCGCGCGUGCCGAUGUCGAAGAAACGGUGCGCUGCAUCGAGGACGGGGUGAACUCGCUGGAGGCGACACUGAUCGAGAUGCUUCUUCACAUAGAGGACCCGCGACAGGCGAAGGAAGAUGGUGCCAUCCGCGGGGCGUCUGCGGGCAACGGCACCAAAAUGAAUGCGGGUACUGCCGCUGCCCCUUCCUUAGCGUACGUGGCGGGCAUUCUGCGUGACCUUCCAGGUGUUUUUCACUUGGAGCAGUGGCCUGCUCGCUUUAUCUGUGAGACGGAGGCCAACAAGCUGCCACCCACCGCGUCUUCCUCCUCCGCACCGCCCCGGCUGCAACACGAGCAGCAACCGCCGUCACCUGGAAGCGUUGCUGCCGCACUGUUGUCGGGUGGAAGUGUGGUGCGUGCGUCAGCGUCCGACACGGCGGGACACACCGAGGUGAUUCCCUUUCCUUCAGCUGCCGCCUACCGCGCACAGGUGGGAGGUGCUACCACGUCCCUCGCGCUGCAAAGCCUGCUGGACAUUAGCAAAGCUGAUGUGUGGAACAUUUUCGGUGUGGCCGCCGCCUCUCCGAUCAGCCGCCUGGCCGCACUCGAGAAGCUGGAAAACGCUUCACAGGGUCGUACGCUGAACGAUGUGUGGAACGCGGCUCCACCGGCUCGUCCCGCGCUGGACAUCGAGCAGCUGGAGUUCAAGGACAUCUUGGUGCGGGCGUGGAAUCACGGUUACAGCCUGCUCGGUCUGCGCCGCCUGUGUUUUGAGAUGCAGGCGCUCUUUUAUCAGUAUGUGGCUCGUGUCACGACGGCAGCUCCGCCCGCCAGCAGCCACGCGACACGGCAGGAGAUCUAUGAGCUGUGGUGCCAGUGGCAGUGGACGGUGCAACGUCUUUUUCAGGGCUUCAUGAUGAAGGUGACGGGUGGUGCCCCUUCAUUGAAAGAAACCGGCGCCGUCCGUGACAGCCGGUGCAAAUACGGUGGUGAUGCCGACCUGAACGCGUGUGCGCUGCUGCGCCGGCACGCGUCGUUGGGCAGUGCACUGGCGGAGGUGCAGCACAUCGCCUUGCGUGUCGUCACAAAACUGCAAGCGGUGGACGCAAAAGGCUGGUUUGCUGUCCCGGCGUUUGACCUUGUGAAUGUGGACUUCACCAGUGUCCGGUACUGGGUGAUGAGCCCGUCCUUCGCGCCCAAGUCGCGCCGUGAGGCCUACCGCGCGCUGUGUCGGGUGCUGGAGCGCAUGGUGGACAGCUGCGUGCACAAGUACGGACCUACACACCCUUUUAGCGACGUCAUCACAAACGUGCGUCAGCAGCUCGUAGAUGUAGCUCGCGCCGAAGGUCUUCUGUAA